UUAGCAAUGGCCACUUUCAAAAAAGCUUUACUGCCUCCCCAAGUUACUUAUUUAAUAACCAAAAGGUUCCGCGGUAAGAUUAACAUACAGAAACCAAGAGCACCUCACUUUGAACGGCAAUUGUUGAUUGAUUUUACUAAGCCAUUUUACGGGCCUCCAAGAAAUAAAUUACCACAGAUAGAGUUAUGUGAUAGAGGUGAAAGCAAAAAAAAAGAACAGAUCGAUAACCCUUUUGAGAGAAUUCUAGCGAAUGAAUGUCUCAACUGGUUCAACACCUCCAAAAUGGUUGUAUUUUUGCACAUGAAUUCAAUAAGUAUGGAAGAAAAGACACCUGUAUUUGCAACUUUGAAGAAAAAUAAUAUGCAUUUAAGAACGUAUGGAAAGAAAAUUGUGUCUAUAGCCACCCAUGGGACGCGAUAUGAAGCUGUAAACAAAUUAUUCAAAUCACAUCAGAAUAUUAUAUUUGGUCAACCAGAAAAUGUUGCUCUCAUGUUCAAAAUAUUGAAAAAAACACCUCAAAUGAUCGUCAUGGCUGGUAUAAUAGAAGACAAAUUACUGUCCAAAAAUGAACUGGUAGAGUUUAGUCAACUGCCGAGCUUAGAUAUAGCUAGAAGUCAACUAUGCAAUGUCUUACAAAGGGCAGCUUCCAGUCUUGUUGUCCAGCUUCAACAAGGACAGCAAAUCUUAGUGUCGCAUCUGGAAAAACAUGUUGAGUUACAAAGUGCUCCUAGUAAAGAUGGAGAGGUGCAAAAAGCACAAGAAACAAAGGAUGUGGAUACUUAAGUGUGUUUAUAGAAAUGUGAAUGUUAGUAAUGAUGAUAUUGUUGUAUAAAUAAAUUGAAGCUUGUUUACAUGUCGAGUUAUUUGAUUUUUUUUGCAAUGUUGGUAUAGUGGUUUAUUGUAUAUUUUCUAGUGCAUAAAUAAAUAUUUGCGCUUCUUAGGCAGAAUGGUAACUUUUAAAUUGUCAACUAUAUUUGAAAACCUCCUUACUUUGUUUUUGGUCGAAAUCCCUUUUUUACUCUUC